AUCUAUGUUGUUGAUUGCUGCGAAGCUAUGAGAAAAGGCGAUCGACGCAAAUUGAAGAUUUUAAAUUAUAAUUUCCUUUAUUAACCUCAAGAAUUUUUCGCCUAUUCUUCCUAAGUUAAGGUAAGGGCGUAAGCUAUCAUAUCGGAAGUUAUAAAAGUGAUUAUUUAUUAUGUUAUUAUAUAUUUCCUCCUGUAUCACAGCCAUGUUGAAGUAGUGUUGAUUUCAAUAAGUUUUCGUCAGUUAUCGUUUUCUAGAAAGUUAAAAGUUUUCACGAAUGUAUGUGACAGACCUGAGUUUCGUUUUGUGUUGUGAAUAAAAAGUUAAAAAGUCGUAAAAAUGAAAAGUGUAAAGUGCCACCGAAACUGGCGUCGAGGCGUCCACUCUAAGGCAUGGAUUCAGAAGAUUCUAGAGAUGCCGGUGAUACACAAUCAACCUCAAGCAGUAGUAGUUCAAGUUCCAAGAGUCGAAGCAGGAGAAGUUCAUCAUCAGGGAGUUCUAAAAGAGAUACCAAAUCACCUCCACAUUCACCAACUCCAUCUAAAAAUUGCGAGCCUCGUUCUCCAUCUCCCAACAGCAGGUCUCCAUCUCCUGAAAGGUCACUUAGUAAUAAACCACAAACACCAGAUAACCUGAGUGGAGCACAUUCAGACAUAAAUUCUCCUGAAAACUCAGCCCCAGCUUCUCCAGCUGGACCAAAAUCUCCCGAUGCUCCAAAAUCACCAAGUGAUGUAGGAUCAAAUAUAGAUUCUCCAGAACGCCCAGAACAAUAUUCAUCAGGGCCUAAAACACCUCAAAGUAGUAGUUCUGCAAAAUCAGUCACAAGGUCCCAACCAGUUUCACCUGAUUCUGCCUCUCAAGCAACAUCUAGAAAUAAUGAAUCACAGCCUCGUUCUUCAUCACCUUCACCAGAUAGGACUUCAUUAUCACCUCAAAGACCAGUAGUUAGCAAUAAUGAAUGGGAAAAUAAAGAUAAAUGGAGAAGACACACAAAGGCAGAACAGAAAAUGGUUUCUGUGCCAAGGGAGAGAAGCCAAUCAGAAUCUAGCCAGUCAAGUAGAAGUUCUACUUACAAUAAAAGAACAAAUGCUAAGGAUACUGAGGAAAUUUCAGAUGGGGAAAUGGAAUCUGACCAGGAGGAUAGAAAAUCUGAAGCUAGUAAUAAACUGGAAAGCAAGGAAAAAAGUAUAAGCCAUGAAGAUUUAUCUGAUGUGUCAGACUUAGAUUUAGCUGAUGAAAAGACAUCAAAGCCAAAAUCUAAGAAGCCAGAAAUAGCAAAUGGAGAACCCUCACCAAGGUAUGAAAAGGACAAGGAAACACAUAAAAUGGAUAAGGCACCUCUAGAGAAAAUAAGUAAUACUGAAGAUGCAGAAGAGCAAUUGGACUUUGAAGCGGAAGAGGGUGAAUGUGUUGAGCCAAAAUCCAAGGAUCAUUCCAAUGGUGAUAUUGAUGACCAAGCUGCUGAAAAAGAAGAAGAAUUGAAGCCAGGUAAGCGUUCUCGUGGUUCCUCGUUGGAGGAGGGUGAAGUCUCGGAUGAAGCUGAACGGAGACCUGAAGAAAGUGAGCCUAAGCCUGUCUGCAGAUUCUUCUCGAGGGGAGCUUGUACUUGGGGCGUUAGUUGCAGAUUCCUCCACCCCGGUGUGACGGACAAGGGUAAUUAUAAUAUGUUCGAGGUGGUUCGAGGAGUUCCGGCUGGUGGGUACCCCGCCACGCCCCGGGAUGUUGCCCCACCAGAGUCUGCCUGGGAAAGAGGUCUGCGUACUGCUAAAGAGAUGCUUCGUAUAGCAAACAAGCGUAAAGAGCAAGACAUGGAUUUCGAAGAGAAAAAGCUCCAUCUAUCUGUUGGAGGCGUAGUUCACGACCCGGACGCUGAUUUAGCGUACGCGGCCGCGGCCGUCGGCGCCUCACCGCCCCCGAUACACGAGGCGCCACCGCCACGCGACACGGAGGCAUAUCGAGGAGGUUAUGGUGUACCUCCAUUUCGUGGUCGGUUACCUCGUGGACCAGUUGACGAACGUGAGCGAUACUAUGAGAGAGAGCGUGGCUUCGAGCGUGAACGGACUUUUGAGCGGCCGCCCUAUUUCGAGGAGUACGGGGUGCCACCUGAUGAUCCUUCUCACCAUAAGCGUCGCGUUCGUGCAUCGCGCGAAGUGAUAGUCCAACGGGCAGAGGUCGAACGGCGCGAGGGCAGGGAGGGGAGGGAGAGACGCGAGCGGGAUGGGCGUGGCGACGAGUGGGCCGAUCCUUGGAUGAGAGCCGAGCCCGCUGCCAAAAAGCGGAGGGCGCCAUCUAGUGAUAGCUAUUCGUCAUCCAGCUCUUCUAAUUCCAGCUCGCGAAGUUCUGGAACGCCUGGCACGCGUCGCAAGAGAAGGGCUUCGUCGUCUUCCCGACAAAGACUUUCGCCAUCUGUAAUUGUACGUGAGCGUCGUUUGGCAAAUGCGCGUGCGACGGCUAUGAAUCCCCCCGCCCCGCGUCGUCGCGCUCCUUCCCCUGCCGCUGCAAGGCAACUCGCGGCUAACCCACCAGCCCCACCCUCACACAGACACAAGGAUGAACCAGAUCCCUAUAAUCGGGGCAAAGCGGCCAGUCGCAAUCGGAAUAGAAAAAAAUAUUCCCGUUCUUCAUCUUCUGGUUCUGAAUCGUCCACAUCUUCUAGUGAUUCUGAAAGUGAGUCUCAUUCGUCGUCGUCUUCGGGCAGUUCUGGCGCGCGACGAGCGAGACACGCGAGGUUGAUUAACGCCGCUGCUAGACCAAGGCUCAACGCAAAGUCAACGGGCUUAGCCGCAGCUGUCACAGUCGCAAAUAAAAAGGAGGCAUCUAGUGAAAACGAAACGGGUAGAAAACGCGCAGCAACGUCUCCAGUCGGCGCCGGAGCUGCAAAGAAGUCAGUAUCAAGAAGAGAGGAACUUCUCAAGCAGCUCAAAGCGGUUGAAGACGCCAUCGCAAGGAAACGAUCCAAAAUAUAGUAAUGCAUCAUAGCUCAGUCUUUUGUUCAACUCGAAGGUCCUGGGUUCGUUAAAAUGGUUUUAGCUUCACUCGAAUCUUUCCCUAAGGGGUCUUAUAAACGUUAUGUAGUGUAGUUUCAGUAAAAGUCACAUUUUUAAUAUGGAGUGGUAGAGAUAUUAGCUAAUUGUGGCUUAUAUAUGUUUAUGAGUAGCUUUGUCGUUUAGGUCUAAAGCAAAAAAAAAAAGGGUGCGUGUAAGAAGCGUAAGAAGUUAUACUUCUUUGGCAUUAUUAAACAUAGUUUUUGAUUGCAUGCAAAUAAUUAAUUACAAUUAAAUAAUCAAAGACUG